AUGGACCGACCGCCAUCGAGGUCUCGAGCCCCUAUGAGCCUCGAAGCUUUGCUCGACGAGGAGAAUAAAGAAGUCCUUGCGGCCCUCGAUCGCAAAAGACCCUCCAGUCCGAUGUCGAAAGUCAAGCCUCCUCGGAUUGCCACUCCUCCGCCACCGAUUCGCAGUAUGCUCGAUGUCGAUUAUCCCACCCCGAGACACGGCUCCAUAGCAGGUAUUGGAGUCGGAGUGACGAGUCCUUCUCAAUCCAAAAGACCGUCCAAAUUAGACCCUUCGGAUCCUUCAACCUACACCUCUCCGCAUACGAGCAAGCCGAAUUCCCCGGUCCUCGCCAAGAGCUCUCCCGUGAGCACACGACAACGACCUUCCUUGGAAACCGAUCGGCCGGUGGGUCUGCCUAAGAUACAAGAUGAAGAUAAACGUGGAUUUGAACACCACUUUCAGUUUGAUAUGUCGGCCAUGCCUUCCAGCGCAGGAGCUUCCACCAGGUCCCCCCCCGAGACCAGGAGACCGCGUGAGGGUUCAGCAGCCAUGGCCGCCGCGGUGUCAGGAGACUUUUCCUUCUUGUACGUCGGCUUCUCCGACGCCGGGCCGGGAAGACACAAUUCUACUGCCGUCACUGGCACACAUUCACGAUCCCCAUCAUCUCGAAUUCGGCAACCGGACCCCAAGUCCGGUUUUCUGAGCCCAUCUAGUCCUCCUGGGCGAUUGACGACCCGUUCGGGGACGGUGGUGGAUGAUCAGGCUCAUCGUCGACUCUCAAAUAAGUCCAACAGCUGCUCGACCGUCACGGACGAUGCGGAAGAGGGCACGGGGAGAGUUCCGAAGGAUGGUGUCGGCGACGAGGAGGCUUCUGCCGAGAGUAGUGACGAAGAUGUCAUGUCUCCCAGUAGUGAUGAGGAUGAGACUAGAGGUCGAUCAGAGAGACGGACGCUCUCCGACGCGAGUGCAGCAGACAAAGCAAAAUCGACUGACUCCGACGGCACAGCAUCCCCCGAGGAGGAAAAGAAGCCUCCGUCGGCGAAACAAUCCGUAAAGUCAUUACUCGAACCAUCCAUUUCAAUCACCAGUCCCACCGGGGAGAGUCUAUCAGACCAAAAAACAGACAUACACCCGCCCACAAAUUUUGCUGGCCGCUCUCGAUCGGUGACGUCGGCAGAUGAUGACGAUGACGAUACGGCCGCCAUCAACAAAGCGAAAACUCUGGCUCUGAACAUAUCACCGCUUGAUUCUCGAGUCCCCGACCGCCAUGUCCGAAUGAUCCUGAGAGGGAAUUGGAUACAUUUUCACCAACAAGCCGAAGCCGGCGAAAGAACGGCGAGACUCUAUCUGGUGUGUAGCGAUUUAAGCGUGGAGGCAAGCUACGCCAUGGAGUGGGUCGUAGGCACCAUGCUGAGAGACGGCGAUACUUUACUCGCCAUCUACGCCAUCGAGGACGAAUCGGCCGGGAAAGUCACCGAAGCCGAGAGAGAGGUUCUCCAAGCGGAGGGUGCCCAAGCUGGCAAGGACGCUUCUGAGGCCAUGAAUACCCUCACCCGGCAGACCACGCAAGGAGGUGGAACAAGUGUCGGUUUAGGCCCGGGCAAUAAAUACGUCCCAGCCACGGAGGCGGAGAGCUUGACUGGCUCCGUCGACGCAAGGAAAGUAACCAAAAAGGAAAUGGAACGCUUGAGAGCCGUCGAGGACAUUACGCAAAAUUUCCUCAAACUGGUUCGCAAGACGACUCUCCAGGUCCGGUGUAUGAUUGAAGUGAUUCAUUGUAAGAGUCCGAAACACUUGAUUCUUGGUGCGAUCGAUGAACUUGAACCCACGCUCUGCGUCGUGGGCACGCGGGGCCGUAGCUCUCUCAAAGGCGUUCUUCUAGGCUCCUUUUCGAACUACCUUGUCACGAAAUCCUCCGUGCCGGUGAUGGUGGCGCGGAAGAGGCUGAAAAAGCCUCGCUCCCAAGUCCGAGUGAGCAGCACCAAGAUCCGACUGACAAAUAAUCUCACCGCCAGCAAUAUUCCGAUUAAACGCAGGAGCUUGACUCAGGCGAGGAUUGAUUGA